AUGUUCACUUGUCAACUGGACUCUGACUACUCGGUUACUUGUGCCUGGGAAAAGAUAACUGAUAUCCUUAAUGUCUUCAUGUCUGGACCUCCCGAAGUCGACAAGGAAUUAGGCGCGUUCAAGCUAUUUGCAAAUACCAAGCCUCGCGAUGAGGCUCCAGAUGGCAAAGACGAGGUUGCAGAGCUGAAGAAAAAGAUCAAAGUGUUGAUCGACGAUCUCGCUGCUGAGAAAGCAAAGACUACCAGCUUGACGGCACAGCUUGCCCAAGCCCAAACUGCAUGCCAGGUUGAGAAGACGCAAAAGGAUAAUGAGAUCAAGAGGUUGAAAGAUGUAGUCUUACAGCUGGAGAAGGACAAGACUGAUCUUCAGACCAAACUCGACCAAGCUCUUCGUGGUGAGGGCUACAUAGGCCAGAAAGACACAAAGAUCUCUGAACAGGCUUCUCGCAUCGCCGAACUCGAAAAGAAGCUUCAAACCCGACCUGAAGUCUUGUUUUGGACUAUAUUCAGGAGCAGGAUCACACAGGGCUACAGCAGUGUCAAACAGUACUUACUCGAUUUGACUGACGAAGGAAAUAAUCAGGGACAUCAAAAGAACGCCCAAGCCUCGAAGCACGACCUCUUAGACCCUGCAGCGCAUUGGGUUCUAGAGGGCAUCAAAAGAGAUAAACCUACAAUGAACGACAUUGUUAAGGUACGAAAUGUAAAAGAUGGUACAUAUCUCGAUGUGAAGAAUGCACAGGCAGCGGACGACACUGCUAUCAUUACACAUGAUGAUUCUUUCUUCAACAUUAUGGCGGCGUUUGGGAAAUUGCAAGCUGCUCUGGCAGCUGCUACCAACGAGGUAACUGUCGCGGCAGCCAAUAUCAAUUUCGACUUUACGCUAGUCAAGUACGAGGCUCCAAAGGAGUUUCGCCCUCUUGAAGGGUAUCUAACGACAACCAGGAAGCAGGAUGCGGAAACCGGGAAAUCGCACGUCGUAGCUCGCCGGCUGGGUGCACUCUUUAGUGGGAUCUGUCCCGAUUCACCUAACCUCAUUCGAGCGUAUGGUGCCAGGGUUUCCGAAAUCUCAAAGACAGCAACUCAGAAAGAAUCUCAGGAAUACUCCAAAUCCAUCUUCGCUUCCUACGUCGGCGUUGAUGCAACUUCCAUCUGGGCCGCCGCUACAUCCUCGACAACAGCUAUUCAUGUCCAUCUGCUGGCUUGCAUGCUGGCAGAGCUCUGGGAUGCAUCCGAGGCCACUUCAAUCUGGGCAGAACUUGUUGAAGAGCGACGCAAAGAAAUUGCUCAUCGACUUGAGCAGGGCGAGUCGUUGCACUUCGGUCUCGCAUCAGCUGCGGCGCAGCAAGAAAUCACGCGAGAUCAGCUCGCGUCCUGGGAUGCCAGUGCUCGGGCCUGGAUCCAGACUGGAAAAUCUGUUAUGAGCAGAAAUGAUGCCCAACUGCGACUCAUUCUAAAGAAUGUCUACUUUGCCAUCAAUCCUAGCGAAGCGCCAUUCGUCAGUGUCAUUGACGCUUGGAAGCUGGCAGUCGAAACUACGGAAAAGCUGAUCCUGGGGAUACCUCAAGAAGCGCAAAAUGGCGCCGCGAUUCUUGGUCUCUCGGCUUGGCACAUUUACCCUGAUAUUCAUGUUUACGGUAAUAAGAAUAUCAAAGUCGCCAUGAACGAUGAGCUAGUUGGGGCUGGCGGUAUACUGUCACUUGCAUCAUGCCCUUCACAGCGAACCGAGUCACGGGGAGUCUAUUGGUCACUUUGCUUGAGCCACUUGACAUUCUAUGGGCCCCCUGUCAAACGGAACCAGUCUUUAGAAAAGGACCCUCGUCGGAUUCCAUUCGACCAUCUACUUCAUGCGACCGUUGGCGCUAUAUUGAGUCGAUGGAGAGUACAUUCCAGUGAUUUGGUCGAGGGGAUCAAUAUACUCAUAGCCAUUCUCGACACAAUAGGCGUCGGAAACCGCAGUGUCUAUUCGAUAAUGGCUCUGUUCAGUAAUGCUGCCAAACAGUGCUUAGACGACGAGCAAGCAUGGAGUUACAUGGUAUAUGGAAAACGUCGAUCUGGAUUUAUCAAAGACCCGCAUUUACAAUUAACAGGAGCUAUCAAAGCAUUCUUUGGACUCACUGAUGUUACAUUACUUCUCUCGUCUAUUCAAAAGUCAGACGACAGGAUCUCACUGCUCCAACGACAGGCGAAGCGAGUCGAUCUGUCAGAGCAAGACGUGGUCAUAUUUGACAGGGCGUCUCACACAGCACACGAGGUUGGUUCGCGCCACACCCGUCCCAACACAAGACCAAAACGCCGCAAAACGGCAGCAGGGGAAAUGGGCUACAAGAUCAUCGGCACACAACUCUUUCGGGGAAAGGGAAAGAAUAGUUCAGUGCUCGACUUCUGGAUUGGCGACUCCUCUUCCACCGCGAUCUACAAGAAGCAGUUUGAGAAUGCAGUCCAAAUCGAGCCUCCCACUACAACUCUUGAUGAUCUAAGAUGCUUGGCCCAUCUCAUGUGUGGACAUGAUAUCCACGGCAGUGCCAUUCCACCACAUACCAUGGGCUUUUCUUUCGAAGAUUCAAUCAUAGUCCCUUCCACGCUUGUGCAUGACCCUGGAGAAAAAGUGCCAUAUUUGACAAGAAUUCUUGGUAAUAUUGGCCGUCCGGGACUGACAUUUUUGACUGCGCCGGGAAACCCUAUGCUCGCCCCUUUGGAUGAAGGCACCUGGAGGAUCUCGAAUCUGAACAGCUUCAACGGGAAGCCAGAGGAUAUGCUCAGCACCACGUCAUUACAUCUUUCUUUUACUGAUUGGAGCCAGCCUUUGAGUUCAGGGGGGGCUUCGGGUACUCGAGAUGUACAGUGCUCACUUAUGGAAGCUGUCAUCAGCAUCAAAGACUCGGGUCAGUGGGUAGGGGAUGUUGAUAUCUUGAAGGCACUGCAAAGCGACAUGAUUCACCUGGCACGAAUAAAUCCUUUCUGCUCUCAUUCACGUGACUCUCGGCCCCUGAACCACAUGCAUUCGAUCGAGUGCUGGGAUGAAUUGCGAGAUUGUCCUGAAGAGCAGUCAGUCAUUCGAGCCAGUGGCAACUGGGUGGCCCGCCUCGCAGCAGUGUCGUAUCUUGCUCAAAAGAUGAGCACCAAUGACAUGAGGUCAUCUAGAAUCUUCAUAUGCCCUGAUAAUGUUUGCUGGGCCUGCCUAGAAGCGGAGAGCAACAUGGAUGAUAUCUUUAUCUACUAG